UCAGAAUUUAUAUCGGGCGACAAAACCGUUUUUUUCCUAUUUAUCACGUCUUCGGUCUUUCCCAAACGUCGGAAAUCCCCAAUCUCGAAGAAGAAACCCUAGGCUCCCCAAUCCUCUUCGAACAAGAUGCCGGCGACGGCGGGCCGCGUUCGCAUGCCGGCGAACAACCGGGUGCAUAGUAGCGCAGCCCUGCAGACUCACGGCAUCUGGCAGAGUGCGAUCGGCUACGAUCCCUACGCUCCCACCAACAAGGACGCCGACAAGGGAUCCGCCCUCCCCGGAGAGGAUGGCGCCGCGGCAUCCUCGGAAAACGCCUACGCUAGUUUCCAAGGUCUCCUCGCCCUCGCACGCGUCACCGGUUCCGGCUCCAACGAGGCCCGUGGCGCCUGCAAGAAGUGCGGCCGCGUCGGCCAUCUCACCUUCCAGUGUCGCAACUUCCUCAGCGCCAAGGAUCCCGACAAGGAGAAGAACGACGCCGCCCUCCAGGCUGCUGCUACCGCUGUCUUCGAGCAGAUCAAGAAGUCAAACGGACUCAAGCCGGAAAGCAGCGAGGAGGACGAUGAAGACGAAGAAGAGGAGACUGAAAGCUCGGACUCUGAUGUGGAUCCAGAGAUUGAGAAGAUCAUUGCCGCAAGAUUCGGUAAAAAGUCAAAGAAGAGCACCGGCCGCCAGAGAGCGAAUGAUUCUAAAGGGGAGAAGGUGAGCCAUCGGCACAGAGGGAGAUCCGGGCAGCGGAGCAGGAGGAAGAGGUCUGAUGAUAGUGAUGAAUCCGACAGUGACGAAGAGGACGAGAAGACACAGAAGAGGAGGAAACGUAGGGGCUCGGACGAUGAUGUGGAAGAGGACAAGCACGGGCACAGGCACAGGCACAGCAAGAGGAGUAGGAGGGAUAAAAAGAGGAGCAAGAGCCACCGGAAGAGGGAUGAAUCUGAUGACUCUGAAGAUGAAUCUGAUAGACGACACCGACACCAUCACCAUCACAAACGGGGGCAUCAUGAUUCUGAUGACGGCGAUAGUGACAAAGCCAAAUUCCGGAAGAAGUCUCGUAGGCACCAUGAUUGACACAGAAAGCAGAGGAGUGAUGGUUCUGAGAUGUGCAUGGUGGGAGGAAAUCAAGCGAAGAUAAGAGUGCCAAGCACAAGCACGAUGGACAAAUAAUUCGGUCAGUAGGGUUUUCUUAUGCUAUAAAAACAGUAUUUGUGGUUUGCUUUUGUAAUGUUUUAACUCUUAAGACUUCAAAUUAUAUGUUUGAGAUGUUAUAUUGUGCUAAAACUUCAAAAGCCGUCUCUAAAUGGACAUAUGAUCUUGUAAUUUGUGAUGAUUGUGCUAUCAUGCUUUGUCAUUCUUGAA